UGCUAGAUGCCGACUAUCUCGAGUCCUCCAUAGAUACCCCUUCGUAUCCCUGACGUCGCGAAGUUCCUUUGCCUCCGACUACCACUCUCCCACCAAGGGAAACGACGAUUCUCUGUUGCUAGCCGCCAUUCAUAGUAUGACACAUAAUGUCGAGUUCGUCCCGCACCAGAUACGCGCGGACGCCCGGAAAAGUGGCUGCUCCAGCCAUGCCUGCGAAAGCGUGGACCCUGACCGUGGAGCUCGACAAGGAGACAUACUGCCAGUACCGACCCGGCCGCAGGCGCCUGGCGCCCAUCACGCUGCUUCCAACCCAUGAUAGCCAAGCAACGAUUGUAGAAGAAUAUAUUGUGCGACCUGAGAACUCUCGAGACGGUCAACCACAUCGAGAAUACCUGAUCACCUGGCCCGACCUGCCGACGACGCGAAUCACGGUCGACGCGGCGGAGAUUCGAGACUACGUCUCGGCGCGGGAGUACGAGAGAUGGAACGAGGUGCAAGCCGAGGCCCGCGAGCGCGCGGAGCUGGCCCAGGAAGAGGCCGAGAACGUGCGGGCGGUCGAAGAGGCACUGCGACGCGAACGCGAGGAAGAGCUGGCCAAGCGCGGUAUACUGCUCCGCAGCGGCCUACUCGGGAGCUCGCGCGACAACUCGGUGGAGAUGCACACACGAUCUGCGUCGCGGGAGGGCCGAAGGGAGGAAUAUGCACCAUCGAAAAAGAAAGGUCGGCCGAACUCGGAAGCCGACGAUGAGCAUAUUAUUCGAGAGCAGCUGGAGGAUCUGGGAGGAUGGGACGACAGCAGAGCUCUCAACAGCGAAUGCCUUUUGGCGAUGGCGCGGGAUGAGCUGACGCUUACGACGUCGGAGGCGGCGAGCCGCGCUUCUAGCAGACUGCGUCAUCUAGAGCCGCCGCGGAAGAAGCAGAGGACCAUAUCUCCUGUGCCGCUCCAACUGGGCGGCCCUUCACGGCACCAACCGACGGACACAUGGGCCUUUGCGCGGGGCGCGUCGGAAGCCGCACCACCAUCGGAAAGCAUACGGCGGCCAGCCAGGUCUUCCCCGACGCCGAGGGCACAGAAGAACCCUGGCCCCGGAACUCCUACGACAUCCGGCCGACUAUUAACAACAACUGUCUCAGCGCCGGCCAAGUCCUUGCGUGAAACCAGCCGUCAACCUGACGCCACGCCGAGGCCGAGAUUUACGCCACUGGCCGUGAAUAGCUCGCGGUGGACUACAGUCAGCAACCCAUCGAAAUCUGGCAAAACACCGACGCCAAAGCCGGCGGCUCAGGAUUCCUCGUCAACACAAAAGCAACGGAGUAAAAAGAAGCCUACGCCCCGGGCGAAGCAAUCUGACGCCGACGAGGCCGAAGGGAAGGACGAAGGAGGGGACGGCAACGAAGGCGAUCCAGUAUACGAGGUCGAGCGGCUGGAGGCGACCAAGGUGCUCAUGAUCGGUGGCGAACCGGUGCGGCAUUUCCUGGUGCGGUGGAAAGGCGACUGGAGCCCGGACGAGAACCCCACGUGGGAACCCGAAGACAACAUCCCGGCUGGCAUGGCGCGGCGGUUCCUGAAGAAGGCAAAGGGGCUGGGCCUCGACGGGGCGAGCGACGCGCCUGGCGCAUCAGCAUCACGGGCCGGUCUCUGGACGCAGCGGAAGUGGUCGAGCGUGUCGGAGGCUUUCGCGGGGAACGUGGACGACGAGGAAGACGGCCACGGAUCCGACAAGGCGAGCGAGCAGAGGGGGGAUGAUGGGUUCGUGGCCAAGACGGAGAAGGAUGACGGGGAUUACGGGGAUGAGCUUCUCCUGGUCACGGAUGAUGGCUCGAACACGCUGGCGCCCAUCUCGGGUCAAAGUGUUUUGAGUUGGGAAUUGGCCAUGGGACGGCGGUUCGGGGAUGAGACUGGGAUGGUGGGUUGAUGAUGAUAUAUUAAGCCCAUGAAGUCCACAACGGAAGAAGCCUUAUUACUUUGUAUUCUGGGCUUUGUGGUGCGUGGUGGCAUUGGCAUUGGCUUUGCUAUUCUUUGUUUGCAGGGUUGUUCCGCAUUCAGCCAACGCCUGGGAGUAGCCACCACCUCAUUUAUAUUCACCUACAUAUAUUGCAUAUGUAUGACUUCGAGACGCCUGGAGGAUCCAUGCCGGGGGAAGGAGAAGGGGUCAAGAAGAGAGGGAGUGUGUAAAUGAAGGGAGGCGGCAAACAGACAUUGCCUUGGGCUGGGGCAAGCGGCAUAAGCGGAUGAUGAAGAGCAACGGGGAAUUCAA